CGCUUAGUAAGCGCGGCCCCACAGCGCUAGCUCCGAUUCAGUAUCUGCUUGGGUCUCGUGAGGGAGGGUCGCGCGAAAAUGACUGGCGUUGAUGAAAUACUAAAUUAUCAAAGGAACCCUGACGACGAUUUCUACGGUUUGCUGGGCUGUGACGAAAACUCCAGCGCUGAGCAGAUCAUUGCUGAGUACAAGGUGCUGGCUUUGCAGUACCACCCUGACAAGAACGAUGGGGACAAGGAAGCUGAAGCCAAGUUUCAACAACUAAAGGAGGCGAAGGAGACGCUGUGUGACCCGUCGAAGCGUGCUCUGUACGACAAGUGGCGCCACAGCGGCAUCGCCAUGGGCUACAAGCAAUGGCUCGGCAUGAAGGACCAUGUGCAGCAGUCCAUGCACUGGAGCAAGCCUAACACCAAGGACCGCAUGCUCGAGGGGGAGUGUGGCCGCGCUUCGGGCCCCUCCAGCCUGGGACCCAGCAACCCGGCAGCUCGCAGGGCCUCUGAAGGCGGCGCCGCUCUCUGGGGCCGCUGGGGAACCGGCAACCAAGAACCUCCCUCUGAGGUCAUCUCCAAGUUCCGCAACUAUGAGAUCUAAACCCCAAUAGUCCCCCUCUAUCGGCUGGUCAUGUCUUAACCGACUUGACUAGACCAACUCCCGGGACUAUUUCUUAUUUAUUUAUUUUUGAAAAGAGGUUACUUGUGCCCUAAUCUCUUUAUUUUCUUAGCAUUUUUUUGUACUUAAUUAAAAAAUUGACCCAAGUCACAUUAUUUGUGAUAUUUCUGCAACCAGGCUGUUAAAUUUAUUACUUGCCAUUACAAGUUUACAAUUUUAGUCAUGUUGUAUUUGACAAUUAUUGAGUAUAUUUAAAAUUAGAGAUAAUUAUUAUAAAUAAGUUAAAUAUCUAUAUAUGUAUUAUAAAGUAACGGCACAAUAUUCAUCAAGUCAGCUCGCGGUACGUUUCUCGAAUGUGGCUCGAUAUUCUACGUUAAGUAAUAAUUACUGUUUUUGAGUGUUUGAUGUGCUAAAUGUAUUUCUGUUGUAAGUAGAGUCAGAAUUUGACGUAGGUACCCCGACCCCUAGAAUGGUGUAUUAGUGUUUGACACUCUUAGCUGUUACCCCUUUAGUCUUAAGCUGUGCACAUUCCUGAUAAACUUAUGAGUCUGAUUUAUUACAUUUCUGCUAUAUCAAUAUUAUCUACUUGAAGAAUCUCGAUAUUUUGAAGAUUUAUAUUUUUGAUCCUCUUUAUCUUACUAUAAGUAUGAUAUUAUUUUAAAGGAGAGAGUGGGUAUAUAGCGGGCGUCGUUGUGAGAUAUAUACAGGGUAAAGUUGCGAGACAGGACUGUUUAUUUGUUUUUACCUUCUGCAACCUUGUCAUUCUACUUUCUAAUAAUCAUGGUCUAAUGACGUACGUAAUCAUUAAUCGUAUUUGUUCCAAGAUAAAUGUUGUGUUACCUGAUAGUUAGUUUACGUAGAAAUAAAUGUUAUGUGUUAAAUGUUUGAUCAGUAUUUAAUUUAUGUAUUUUAAAAAUAUACUUAAAUGUUAUAAAUGGGUAGUGGAAUUUUAAAAUUUAAAUGUUUUGUCUCGAUAAGUAUUUUAAAAGCUAAAUCCAAAAUGUAUAAGAUGUUUUUAUUUUUGAUGUAAUACAUCUUUGAAAAACAAUAAAGGUCUGCUGAACAUAAUUGCGUUUUAAUUCCACAACUUAGCCUUCUCGUUAUAAUUUGUUUAAGCGCUGUAAGUUAAACAGAUCAAUAAAUAGUUAAUUGCCAAUUUUAUAAGACUUGGUAAUUAACUAUGUAUUAACCAUAUUGUUACCAAGUCUUAUAGACUUCUAAUUAAUAAUAAACAAAAAAUAAUUAAGAAGAUUUUAAAAAAUUGUCAUUUACCAUAUUAUUGCCAAGUCUAUAAAUAUUUGUUGGUACAUGACUAAUUUUUAUUUUAAUAUCCGACUUGUAGAACUUUUUUAAAUAUUAGACACGUAUUUUUUAUUUUCUUACGAAAAUAAAUGCUUUCGAAAAUAUAUCGAUUUAAAAUACAUCGUGGCGUCACUUCUAGGUACAUUUUAUACGUAUUAAUGACGUAUGUAACUCCUAAACUUUGAUCCGUUUUAUCUAAGUAUUGUUAUCUUAUAUGACAAAAAAUAAAAUACGUACUUACUUACCUACCUUAUAUGUUUUCAUUACCUAACUGACGGACUAGAUUUUUAAUUUUCAUACCUCGUCAUCAUCACUAUUAUCUGCCUUUAUAAGCUACCUAUCUAAUACUGUAGAUCUAUCUAAUAAAUAAGUUAAAUAUCUAUAUAUGUAUUAUAAAGUAACGGCACAAUAUUCAUCAAGUCAGCUCGCGGUACGUUUCUCGAAUGUGGCUCGAUAUUCUACGUUAAGUAAUAAUUACUGUAUUUGAGUGUUUGAUGUGCUAAAUGUAUUUCUGUUGUAAGUAGAGUCAGAAUUUGACGUAGGUACCCCGACCCCUAGAAUGGUGUAUUAGUGUUUGACACUCUUAGCUGUUACCCCUUUAGUCUUAAGCUGUGCACAUUCCUGAUAAACUUAUGAGUCUGAUUUAUUACAUUUCUGCUAUAUCAAUAUUAUCUACUUGAAGAAUCUCGAUAUUUUGAAGAUUUAUAUUUUUGAUCCUCUUUAUCUUACUAUAAGUAUGAUAUUAUUUUAAAGGAGAGAGUGGGUAUAUAGCGGGCGUCGUUGUGAGAUAUAUACAGGGUAAAGUUGCGAGACAGGACUGUUUAUUUGUUUUUACCUUCUGCAACCUUGUCAUUCUACUUUCUAAUAAUCAUGGUCUAAUGACGUACGUAAUCAUUAAUCGUAUUUGUUCCAAGAUAAAUGUUGUGUUACCUGAUAGUUAGUUUACGUAGAAAUAAAUGUUAUGUGUUAAAUGUUUGAUCAGUAUUUAAUUUAUGUAUUUUAAAAAUAUACUUAAAUGUUAUAAAUGGGUAGUGGAAUUUUAAAAUUUAAAUGUUUUGUCUCGAUAAGUAUUUUAAAAGCUAAAUCCAAAAUGUAUAAGAUGUUUUUAUUUUUGAUGUAAUACAUCUUUGAAAAACAAUAAAGGUCUGCUGAACAUAA